AUGUUGGGUUCUUUCCUUGACUUGUGUCUCUGUACGAUGUUCAGCAUGUUAAUCAUGUUCACCAUUCUGACCAACUGUGCUUUUAUGACUCUGAGUAACCCCCCGGACUGGGCCAAGAAUGUUGAGUAAGUAACUGGCUUAUAUUUGAGAUUUUAUUCCUGUAGGUUACUUAUUAUUGGCUGUGAUCCUAUUUAAUUGACACCUGUUUUUAUACAUUCCUUGGUAAGACAAAGAUACAAUUCUGUUUCCAGUGUGAGAAUGGAUAUUUGCUUUUGGGCUCAAGUAUUCUCAGACGUUUUUACUGUGAGAAACCAAAAGAAACUCAUUAGCAUGACAAUUAAAACAUUGGUUAUGCUCCAGUAUCCACCACAGGAGGUUGGUGGCACCUUAAUUGGGGAGGAAGGGGCUUGUGGUAAUGGCUGGAAUGGAUUACAUUUACAUUUUAGUCAUUUAGCAGACGCUCUUAUCCAGAGCGACUUACAGUUAGUGAAUACAUAUAUAUAUGUUUUAUUAUUUUUAUACUGGCCCCCCGUGGGAAACGAACCCACAACCCUGGCGUUGCAAACGCCAUGCUCUAUCAACUGAGCUACAUCCCUGCCGGCCAUUCCCUCCCCUACCCUGAACGACGCUGGGCCAAUUGUGCGCCGCCCAUUAGUCUCCCGGUCGCGGCCGGCUGCGACAGAGCCUGGAUUUGAACCAGGAUCUCUAGUGGCACAGUUAGCACUGCGAUGCAGUGCCUUAGACCACUGCGCCACUCAGGAGACCGAUUAAGUGGAAUGGUAUCAAAUAUAUCAAACACAUGUGUCAUGACUUGCCCUCAUGGGCUGAGGAUCAAAGAUGCCGGCUAGACAAAGGUUUGAACACCCCCUUUCCUGGGGGCCAGUUUUAUGACCGGUUGUAAAUUCCUUGCAGAGACUUUAUUUUCCAUGCCAUGUAGUAUUGGGAGAGGGAAUUUCCCCGUGAGACAAAGGAAGUCUUCCCGCCAAGACUCCAACAUCCAAAAGUGGAUAAUGAAACAAUAUUCCUACUUAAAAGUAUGUGGGAAAUGGUCAGUGGCGACUUAAAGAACAAUCAUGUCAAAUUCGUUACUAUGUUGUGAUGUCAUUAAAGACGGUGGAACAACAUAACUGUAUCUCUGGGGGUGUACACUUCCCAGUUAUGAGGUUUGCAUCUAAUUAUUGUAUAAAACGAAUGAUUAAGUAUAAUAAUACUUUUGUGAAGAUAACAAUGUGAUUUUAGCAUUCUAGAUGAGAUGAUUGCUUUCCGUAUUGAUUUGUUCUCAGUCAGUGGCCACGCCCAGAUGAGCACAAACAUGAUGGAACGCCCCUUUUACCCCGAGUGCAUAAAAAGCCUUGAAAAACAAAUUAACAUUAGACCAGCAGAUGUGAAGCGUAAGCUAACCGUUACAAAAUGGUUUAAAACUACAACUCCAUUACCAAAGGAAGCCCCACGGCUUAAAAUGGUUGACACUCUACAGACCAGCAGACGUGAAGCGUGAGCUAAACAUUGCAAAUGGUUGAAGUUCUACAAGACCAGCAGAUGUGAAGCGUGAGCUAAACGUUACGAAAUGGUUUAAAACUACAACUCCAUUACCAAAGGAAGACCAAGCAUACUACGGUAUAAGCCGGAUGUUGCAAAUGGUUGCUUUUCUACCAGACCAGGAAGCGUGAAGCUGAAGCUACACGUUACAAAAUGGUUAGACCAGAAAGACCAGAAAAUGUGAGACGUUAUUCCACACGUUUGAAAUGGAGAAACUCUAAAACUCUCAACCUCUACACGAGGUGAAGAAGAAGACAAUGCACUAGACCUUAUCAUCUCAGUCUGCAGCUGGCAUGUAUAGUCAUCUAGAGAACUUUUACUAAAGACACGAGUUGAGAGGGACAAUCCCUCUCAGACAACCGCUGGUACAUCUGAAGUAUCCAUUCUAACCCCCACUACGACAAGAAACUCUACCAAGGACAUUUGGAUCUCUGGUGGGCAAACCAGUCCUACAUCAUCAACUCAACUAUCGAGGACAGCUACACGUAAAUACAUGUUGCAUUUCUAAUCCGAAUGAGCGUUUAGUGGGGUUUUAAGCAUUUGUAUUUCCAUGAGCGUAGUUUCCAAAGUAACCACGAUAGUUUGAAUCUCUGUCUCUCCUGUCACGCCCUGGCUCUGGGGACUAUGUUAUGUUGAGCCAGGGUGUGUAAGUCUAUGUUUAAUUUUCUAUGUUGGGCUGAGUGACUCCCAAUCAGAGGCAACGAGUGUCAGCUGGGUGUCUCUGAUUGGGAGCCAUAUUUAACUGUUUGUCUUGCACUUUGUGUUUUGUGGUUUCUUGUUCCUUUUGGUUGUGUAUCGAAGGACUUCACGUUUCGUUCUUUGUUUUGAUCGUGUGAUCAGUCGAAUAAAUAUAAUAUGUUCACCCGCAACGCUGCGCCUUGGUCUCCCUCAUUAGACGAUCGUGACAGAAGAAACCACCUUAACCAGACCAAGCAGCGUGUUCAGGAGCCAUCGCUGGCAGAUCUCCGUGGCAACCUCGACUGGAUCAAGCAGCGGGACGAGGAGAGAGGAUGGACGUGGGAGGAGAUGAUUGCGAGUCUGGCAAGAGGGAGGAGAGACCCCCAGGAAAUUUUUAGGGGGGGGCUCACGACGUCGGGCCAGCAGGUGUACGGGUUAGAGCGGUGCAAAGCGUUGGCAGAGAAGGCCGCCAGGUUAGGGGGGCCACUGGGCACAGAGGAGAGGGAAAGUGUGGAGGCACGGCGAGAGGUACUGGGGUGUGUUACCAGUCCGGUCCGGCCCGUUCCUGAUCCCUGCGUGGGGCCAGUGGUGUGUGUCCCCAGUACGGUCCGGCCUGUUCCUGCCAUUCCCACCAAGUCAGUGGUGCGCGUCGUCAGCCCAGCCCGGCCUGUUCCUGCCAUUCCCACCAAGUCAGUGGUGCGCGUCGUCAGCCCAGCCCGGCCUGUUCCUGCCAUUCCCACCAAGUCAGUGGUGUGCGUCGACAGCCCAGCCCGGCCUGUCCCUGCUCCACGCACAAAGCCUACGGUGUGCGUCGACAGCCCAGCCCGGCCCGUUCCUGCUCUCCGCACCAAGUCUGUGGUGUGCGUCGCCAGCCCAGUCCGGCCCAUCCAAGCUUCCCGCGCCAAGCCAGUGGUGUGCGUCGUCAGUCCGGCACGGCCCGUUCCUGCUCUCCGCACCAAGUCUGUGGUGUGCGUCGCCAGCCCAGUCCGGCCCAUCCAAGCUUCCCGCACCAAGCCAGUGGUGUGCGUCGUCAGCCCUGUCCGGCCCGUUCCUGCUCUCCGCACCAAGUCUGUGGUGCGCGUCGCCAGCCCGGUCCGGCCCGUCCAAGCUCCCCGCACCGGGUCAGUGGUGUGCGUCGUCAGCCCGGUCCGGCUCAUUCCUGCUCCCCGCACCAAGUCAGGGGUGCGCUUCGUCAGCCCGGUCCGGCCCGUUCCUCCUCCACGCAUCAAGCCAGGGGUGUGCGUCGUCAGUCCAGCACAACCCGUGCCUGGGUCAUGUCCGGAGCCGGAUCCGCCGCCGAGGCGGAGUGCCCACCCGGUCCCUCCCCUGUUGUGGUUGUUUGGCGCGGCCGGAGUCCGCGCCUUUGGGGGGGGGUACUGUCACGCCCUGGCUCUGGGGACUAUGUUAUGUUGAGCCAGGGUGUGUAAGUCUAUGUUUAAUUUUCUAUGUUGGGCUGAGUGACUCCCAAUCAGAGGCAACGAGUGUCAGCUGGGUGUCUCUGAUUGGGAGCCAUAUUUAACUGUUUGUCUUGCACUUUGUGUUUUGUGGUUUCUUGUUCCUUUUGGUUGUGUAUCGAAGGACUUCACGUUUCGUUCUUUGUUUUGAUCGUGUGAUCAGUCGAAUAAAUAUAAUAUGUUCACCCGCAACGCUGCGCCUUGGUCUCCCUCAUUAGACGAUCGUGACAUCUCCCUUCCACUCUUACCCUCCUUCUACUCAAGCAUUCAUGCUAUUGUUAGUCCAGUCCACUAGGGACCUGUUUUCAUUGUAUUAUGUUAGUAAUCAAUAACCUGUGUGUGUGUGUGUGUGUGUGUUUGUAUUGUGUUAUUAUUUAGUUAGUUAGUAAAUAAAUAAUUAAGCCAAUUUGUGUAUUGCUGAUUCAUCAAUAAGGUUAGAGUUCUUGCAGGUUCAAGGAUUAUGCGACGUUCAGAAUGAGACUGAUAAGAGGUCAUUAUUUAAUAAGUGACUGUUAUCGAUAUAUAACAUAUAUAGCUUCUAAGAGUUUAAUUCGGGAGAUGGUAACUCGUUAAACAACUUCUUCCGUGGUGCCCCAAAUUCCUAAUGAGUUAAUUGUUACAUGAUUAAUUUAAUCGAGUGACAAUUAAACAUAGUUAGGUGAUUCGAUAAAUAAAUAACAGUCAUACAUUAAAAUAAGUCACGUCACGCCAUUCCAUUCGCUCUGUUCCAGCCAUUAUUAUGAGCCGGUCUCCCCUCAGCAGCCUCCACUGGAAUCCACACAAGCAUAACACUUACAAUUGUUAUGUUGGUAUUAAAAUUGGAACAGAGCCUACACUGGCACAGGAGAAAUUAUGUUGGUUUGGCCUAGCCCCGGAAAACAGGCACGAUUUUGAUUGAAGGUUUUGAUUGAAUAGGGCUGUUGUUGGUGACUUCCAUAGCAACCAUCAUAAUACCUUUCUCUCUUGGUUUGAUCAGGUACACCUUCACGGGGAUUUACACAUUCGAGUCUCUCAUUAAAAUCUUGGCGAGGGGGUUCUGUGUGGGGAAGUUCACCUUCCUCAGGGAUCCAUGGAACUGGUUGGACUUCAUGGUAAUCUCCAUGGCGUAAGUAUUACCACCGAUGUAUGUAUGACUUCUACUUCCAGCUAGGAUCAAUAGAAUAGGAUAUUAUCUAGCAUUGAUGACCAUAUCAACAACAAGCAUAUUUGAGUAUAGGACUGAUGUAAGUAUUCAUCCUAACCAGCGUAGUAUAAUUAAUUUAACACUUCACUACAAAACUGCAACUCAUGUCACUAUUCCAAAUAUCAAUAUACACUGACUGUACCAAACAUUAGGAACACCUUCCUAAUAUUCAGUUGCAAUAAGGGAUCAUAGCUUUCACCUGGAUUCACCUGUUCAGUCUAUGUCAUGGAAAGAGCAGUUGUCCUUAAUGUUUGUACACUGCCAUGUAACUGGAAGGACUGGUUUGAAUAGUGAAGUGAGGACACAGAGGUCUGUCAGGACACAGAGGUCUGUCAGGACACAGAGGUCUGUCAGGACACAGAGUGCCACUAUUCUCAACCCUCUAGACCAGUGGCAUUCAAACAAUUUUUUUUGGCAGAAUUUCUGCAGACCCUGUUUUUUUUGUUCUCAUGGCCCCACCACACCCCAAAUCUAAUGGCACAACCUUAAAUUGUUACAUUUCUAUUUUUACAUCAACAAAUAACAAUCAAUUCAUUACAUUUUAAUAUCCCUUCAAAAUGAAAAGAAACCAAUAUAGUGCAUUUUAUUGAAUUAAUUAAACUGUGAAAGUGUGUACUUUACAUGUAUUCAUAUGCGCGUGUGUGUGUACCUGCGUCUGUACAUGUGCGCGUGUGUGCGUGCACUUGCAAGUAUGUCGGGGUACAAUGCUGAUUUUUAACUGUGCAUUUAAUCCUGCAGGUAUGUAACAGAGUUUGUAAACCUAGGCAAUGUUUCAGCUCUGCGCACUUUCAGAGUAUUGCGAGCUUUGAAAACUAUCUCGGUAAUUCCAGGUAAGAGCCUGUGCCUGCUCUCUAACCCGUCAGCCACGGUGUCUUUUGUUUGUGAUGUUUGUCGACCCCCCCUUCCCCCCCAACCCCUUGGUUGUCAUGGUGUGUGGGCGUGUGCGUGUCCUGUGUGUGUGUAUGACUUCCCCCUUCCCUCGCUCCUCCUCCCUCCCCCAAACCUCCCCCCCGCUGCCUUCCCUUACAGAUAUGUGACAGAGUUUGUGGACCUGGGUAAUGUCUCGGCCCUCAGAACCUUCAGGGUUCUCCGAGCCCUCAAAACUAUAUCAGUCAUCCCAGGUGAGAGAGCCCAGGUCAAAGGUCAGAGGUUAAAUUUUAAAUGCUUAAAUGCUAGCAACAAGGCUAAAAGCUAACGGCUAAUGGCUAAUUCACUCCAUUUGAGAUACAGUAACUGUUCAUCUCACGUUAGCUUAGCCUACCGGUGUUGCCUCUGUCACGCUGCCUUUCCACAGGCCAGUAAAAGCAGGAAUCCGGGCCCACUCCAUCGAGAUGGAAAAGAUUCCACGCUUUUAGACACAUUACGUUACUUUCACUUUCUUUGUUAUCUUGCCCUUUGGGGAAAUUAGGUCAAAUAUUUAUGAUUUGUUUGCUUUUUUAUGCAUGAGACAUUGCGAAAGCCAAUUUGUGUGGUGAGCAUUUGUGUCUAGGGUUCCCCCUCCCUCCUUGUUCUAUGUUGCAUGUAUGUCUUGUUCACUGUAUAUGGUGGUUGAUGACUGGGGUUGUGCUAGAGUGAUGCUAGGCAAUGCCAUGACAGACACUCUCACAAAGUUGUCAUCUCUCGGUUUCAUGGACGAACCAAUCACAUCAUUGGCCCCAUGAAUAGUGGGGGUCUCUAACCUCAGCCUACAUCAGCCCACUUUCUGUCACUAAAACCCCAACACACUUGGUCCCUAUCAAACUGAAUGAUUGCAAUUUAUCCAUUACGUCAUUAUUACAUUGCUGGACAGAUCACUAAGUAAUGAUAUGAAUAUGAUACAAUAUUUGUAGUGAUCUGAGUCUAUUCAAAAAGAGAAUUGGAUAAUCAACAAACAUUAGACUUUCUGUGUAGACAGUUUGCCAGGGGCUAAUCUGGGUGUUUUGAACUGGGUUAACACCAACAACACCAUCUCUUUGGAGAGAUCCAUGAGGAAAAGUGAUCAGUCUCUACCUCAACCGGCUCCUGUAUGAAUGCCAUACAGAAACCUGACAUAUGGAUCUCCUAUGCUGCUUGCUAGCUAUCAUUGGGGGCUGAAGCAUUUCUAUAUACCUUAGGAUUUCUAUACUAUAUUUAGAAACUGUAUUAUGUAUCUAUUCAAUAAACAAGUUGGAGCUGGUAACCAGGACUGUGUGUGGUCCCUACCUUACAGGCCUAAAGACCAUCGUGGGCGCUCUGAUCCAGUCGGUCAAGAAGCUCUCCGAUGUCAUGAUCCUCACCGUUUUCUGUCUCAGCGUCUUCGCCCUGAUUGGCCUGCAGCUCUUUAUGGGCAACCUGAGGCAGAAGUGCAUCCGCAACCUCGUCAACGCCACGACCUCCGACGACCUCCUGAACAUAACUCUGGGAACUCUAGACUUAAACGGAACUGAUUUCAACGGUACUGAUUUCAACGGCACUGAUUUCAACGGCACUGAUUUCAACGUCACUAGCUCCUUCGACUGGACCGAGUACAUCAACGAUGAGAGUAAGCUAAGAGCUUGUUUUGUCUGCAGGGGCACCGGGGUAAUGAGGGUCAAGUUCUAUACCUCAGGCAGUAUCUGAGUCACACUACUCAGACCGACUUCAUAUUCUGUGUAAUAAAACCAGCCAGCCCAUGCCCUGACCACUUUCUAUGAAGCAGCGUGAUAAAGAGUGACAGCGAUUGGCCGGGAGGAGGGGGCAAAUGCAAGCAGUGCCUGGUGGGGAAAUUGUGGCAAACGUAGCACCCCCCCAGCUCCAUACCCUCCUCCCACUUGUCUGGAGAGAGAGAGAGAGAGAGAGAGAGAGAGAGAGAGAGAGAGAGAGAGAGAGAGAGACGAGAGAGAGAGAGAGAUGAGAGAGAGAGAGAGAGAGCUGAUACUAAGCUCUCUCGAGAUAUCUACUCUAGAGAUAGAGAAGAGCUAAGACCUCUCGCUUCCUCUCUUCUCGCUGCACUCCUUUUCCCCUCUCUCGCUAUUUUAUCUUUCUCUUUCUCUUCUAUAUAUAAACACUUUCUAAUCUCUAUAUAUAUAUAUAUUUAUAUAUACAGUAUAAUGAUAAUAACAAUUAUUUUAAUGAAGUGCUUUUUAUUUAUUUCACUCAGAGUCACCCCAGAUUGUUUGCUUAAUUCAUAAAUCAGAAUACUGUAUAAACUUGAAAACCCAUUAAGAUGAUUUGCUCAGUGUCAGUCCUUUUAAUCCCGUUUCAAACCUCCCUCCCCUCUUUCCUUCCUCCCUCCCUCCCUCCUUUCCUCCUGCACUCCUCAACAUAUUGAGUGAUUGUUCCUCUCUCUGUUCUUCAUUCUAGGUAAUUACUAUUACCUCUCCAACCGAAGGGACGCCCUCCUCUGUGGGAACGGCAGUGGAGCCGGGUGAGACUUGACAACAAGUUUUAUUUAUAUAGCCAAUUACAUUCACCGACACAGCCUCAACACGCAUACGGAAUUACUGAGCACGAUUACAUGCACACAAUAAAUACAAUUAUUGUGCACUGUCAGAUUCAUAUAAUAGUUUGUUUAAAACCUUUACAUGCUUUGCAAGAAGAACGAUUUACCUAAUAAUCGUGUUUACAUGGACACAUCUGAAAUCAGGCCAUUGAUACAUUUUAAUAAAUGCAGAAAAUCAGCAAUCAAAAUAAACAUUCUACCCCAGUGAACAUGUUAUUUUUGCGAAGACUAUUUGAUUCUGAGUUUGGACAUAUGACGGUUUGUAUGUGGAAACUAUUUCUAAGAUGCAUACUUUCAGUUUUUCCGAACUCACUUCACUCACGCAUAAGAGGGAGGCUCGCGCUACCGGUGCAGACACAUGCGCAGAUCAAAUAAAUCGCUGUAACUCCUAUUAAGGUUUUUACAUGUCCUAAUAAUUGGAAAGAUUGCUCAGAAAUCCAGGUGUUUAAUCGGCGUAUGCUUACUUCGAUUAUGACCUUAAGAUAAGCAGAGUAAGGUGUUUACAUGACUAAUGCCAUACUCUGCCUUCUGCCAUAAUCAGUUUAAUAUUGAAUUAUUAGUGUGCAUGUAAGCGUACUCACUUGUUUCCUCAACACUUAGGCAUUGAAGAAAGUCUAACUAGAAUAGAGCACUUGGCGCUAAUACAAGAGAGUGGAGAGGACUAUACUAUUUCAGCAGAAUUUAGUUGGUUAAGUUGAUGCAGUCAAGUCAGUCGAAUAAAAACAAGUGCUACUUACUGUGGAUAGUGUUAAUGUAGUCAGGCUGAUCUAAUAAAAUGAAAUCAUAUUCAGUGUAAGUGCAGUCAAGUCGAUCUAAUGAAAACCAGUGCUGCUCAGUGGACACUGUAAAUAUCCACUGUAUUGCUCUGUACUGUACAAGCAGUCUGUGGCUGUGGUUUAGUGACCUGUGUGUAUACAGUUGGGCUCCACCACGUUUGCUGACCUGUGUGUUGUGUAUGGGGGUCUCCACCACAGGUUGUGUCCAGAGGGGUUCACGUGCAUCAAGGCGGGCAGGAACCCAGACUACGACUACACCAGCUUCGACUCGUUUGGCUGGGCCUUCCUGUCCCUGUUCAGACUCAUGACCCAGGACUUCUGGGAAAACCUUUACCAACAGGUGGGCCAAAGCUAUUAGUUAGAAACAAAAUGGCCGCUCACUGUUUGCUGAUUUGAUAUAUUUGAUCCCCUUUUAGUGCUUUAUCAUUGAAAAUAACAGUGAAACAACUCAGGAAUACUGGUGAAGAAAAUAAAAACAAUUCUCCCACUCCUCUCUCUCCUCUUCUCUCUCUCUCCCCUUCCCUCCCGCUCUCCUCCCCUCUCUCUCUCUCUCUCCUCCUUCUCUCUCCCUCUCUCUCUCUCUCUCUCUCCUCCUAUCUCUCUCUCUUCUCCUCUCGCCUACUCCUCUCUCUUCCCUCUUCCCCCCUCCUCUCCUCCCCCUCUUCUCUCUCCCUCCCCUCCUCUCUCUCUCCCUCCCCUCCCUCCUGUUUCUCCCUCUCUCCUAUCUGCUCCUCCCUUCUCUCUCUCUCUCUCUUCUCCUUCUCUCAUCUCCUCUCUCCCUCUCUCUCUGUCUCCCCCCUCCUCUCCCUGCCUCCGUCCCCCCCCCCCUCCCAAUCCCUCCCUCCUAGACCCUGCGAGCCGCGGGGAAGCCCUACAUGAUCUUCUUUGUGUUGGUGAUCUUCCUGGGUUCCUUCUACCUGGUCAACCUGAUCCUGGCUGUGGUGGCCAUGGCCUACGAUGAGCAGAACCAGGCCACCAUAGAGGAGGCAGCCCAGAAGGAGCAGGAGUUCCAGGCCAUGCUGGAGCAGCUCAAGAGACAACAGGAGGAGGCAUUGGUAAUGUCUGAUUUCUGAUUGUGUAUUUGCAUCGCAAAGUUGGACUUUUUUAACAUUUGCAUUUGAGUCAUUAUCCAGAGCGACUUACAGUAGUGAGUGCAUACAGCCAAAGUCCUCCCUGUCUUUCCCUUCCCUGGCCUCUAUUGCCCUUCCUUUCUCAAAUCCAUAAUCCUCUCUUGCAUAAGUAUGUCUUGGUGCUUGCUUGGUGUCAAGCUUCUACAGACAAGGGUGCUCCAUUACUAUGGAAACAAGAGGUAGCUAGAGAAGGAAUAAUUACUCUCCAGUAUUGGUAGUACAGUAUUAGCUUCCAUGGAGGGAGGGAGGUUCCCUCUCCAUCUGCUUCACAUCAUUUCUUAUUUACAAUAACAGCUUGACCAAGAGACCAGUAAUGCAAUAAUAACAAAAACAUGGAUAUCACAAGAUUUUAUAUAACGAGUAAAAGCAUGGUUGCUUUUGAAAAAUGAAUGAUAUUUUGGCUCCCAUGCUUUUUGUUGUUGUAAAUGAAUCCACAGUGAUUUGGGUUAUGCAGGGCUUGUUAUUAUUUCAAAGAGCAAUCGGGCUGUUGACUUGCUUCAAGAACAAAUAACCUUUUAGUCUUUACCAAUUUCGUUAAGAAAACUGUCUGUUUGUGGGACAAAACACAGGCCUCCAUUUUUAGAAGUUCUUUGAAGCUGAUAUGGGUAUUUGUGCUGCCUGCCGCUCUGCUCUGUGCUCUGUCCACCAAAGACGGGUGCCGGUUGCCGUGACAACUGUGCUUGUUUGUGAUUGGCUGGCAGGUUGCCGCGGCAGCAGCCACAGAGAGCCACGGAGAGUACAGCGGGAGAGAGGGGCCCUCCUCAGAAACCUCCACGGGGACCUCCAAACUCAGCUCGAAGAGCGCCAAGGAGAGACGGAACCGACAGAAGAAGAGAAAACAGAGGGAGGAGGAAGAGAGGGGCGAGCACGAGACGUUCCACAAGUCAGAGUCGGAGGACAGUAUCAAGAGGUUAAGCUUCCGGUUUUCGAUAGAUGCCAACCGGCUGUCCUACGAGAAGAGAUGCUCCUCACCCAACCAGGUGAGCACACAGUGAGGGGAAGGGUCAUCAUCGUCAUCAACGUCAUUGUCUUAGUCACCAUUGUCCUCAUUACCAUCAUCUUCCUCAUCACUCCACUGAGCAGCGUGUCCACUGAGUCACUCCAAUCAUGCUGAUCUCUCUUCUUCCGUAUCAUCGUCUCCAUCACCUCCAUCCGCCUCCUCCUCCUCUUUUUUAGUACUGAUACCUUUCUCUUCCCCUCCUCCCUCCCCUCUCUCGCCUCCCUUUCCCUCUCCACCAGUCUCUCCUCAGUAUCCGCGGCUCCCUCUUCUCCCCAAGGAGGAACAGCCGAGCCAGCCUGUUUAGCUUCAGAGGCCACGCCCGCGACGUGGUCUCCGAGAACGACUUCGCCGACGACGAGCAAAGCACGUUCGAGGACACCGACAGCCGCCGCGGCUCCCUGUUCGUGCCUUGCCGUAUCGAGCGCCGCUGCAGCACGGUCAGUCAGACUAGCCUGGCCCCUCAGCGCGUCCUGCUGCCCGCCAACGGCAAGAUGCACUGCACCGUGGACUGUAACGGCGUCGUCUCGCUAGUGGGAGGGACCUCAGUGCCCACCUCGCCUGUAGGACUGCUCCUGCCUGAGGUGAGCUUUCGUUUUUAUCAGUCCAGGCUCCAAAUAGUAUUCCAUUUCUUUUGAUUGAGCCAGAUGACCGGGUUUGCACUUUUGGGAUUAUUCCAUUGGUUCCAUUGCCCAGCUAAAGUAUUUGACAGAAAAUAAAUACUAUUUGAAAUGAACCCAACAUGGUUGGUAUAGUAAUGGAGUCCCUUGCAGGCCACCUAAUCCAUACACUGAAUAACUCUUCCAAAUGUUUCUUGGUCUCCAGGGAACUACCACUGACUCUGAGAUGAGGCUGAAGAAGAGGAGGUCUCGACAGGCUUCCAUGGUCUAUCUAGAUGAGCCAGACAGAGCCAGAGCCAGAGCUAUGAGUGUGGCCAGUAUUCUCACCAACACCAUGGAGGGUUGGUGUCACACCAAGUUCUUACAUAAUGUUAUUAUACCAAACCAAUGAAUCAAAGAUCUUGAAGACCCAUAGCCUACAACAACCAUUGUAAUGUGUAUGCCAUCAAUAAAGUGUCCUCCUUAGCAUUAGAAAAGCUUGAUAGCACUUUCCUGAAAGUCAACUACAGUUGAAGUCGGAAGUUUACAUACACCUUAGCCAAAUACAUUUAAACUCAGUUUUUCACAAUUCCUGACAUUUAAUCCUAGUAAAAAUUCCCUGUCUUAGGUCAGUUAGGAUCACCACUUUAUUUUAAGAAUGUGAAAUGUCAGAAUAAUAGUAGACAGAAUGAUUUAUUUCAGCUUUUAUUUCUUUCAUCACAUUCCCAGUGGGUCAGAAGUUUACAUACACUCAAUUAGUAUUUGGUAGCAUUGCCUUUAAAUUAUUUAACUUGGGUCAAACGUUUCGGGUAGCCUUCUACAAGCUUCCCACAAUAAGUUGGGUAAAUUUUGGCCCAUUCCUCCUGACAGAGCUGGUGUAACUGAGUCAGGUUUGUAGGCCUCCUUGCUCGCACAUGCUUUUUCAGUUCUGCCCACAUAUUUUCUAUAGGAUUGAGGUCAGGGCUUUGUGAUGGCCACUCCAAUCCCUUGACUUUGUUGUCCUUAAGCCAUUUUGCCACAACUUUGGAAGUAUGCUUGGGGUCAUUGUCCAUUUGGAAGACCCAUUUGCGACCAAGCUUUAACUUCCUGACUGAUGUCUUGAGAUGUUGCUUCAAUAUAUCCACAUAAUUUUCCAUCCUCAUGAUGCCAUCUAUUUUGUGAAGUGCACCAGUCCCUCCUGCAGCAAAGCACCCCCACAGCAUGAUGCUCCCACCCCCAUGCUUCACGGUUGGGAUGGUGCUCUUCAGCUUGCAAGGCUACCCCUUUUUCCUCCAAACAUAACGAUGGUCAUUAUGGCCAAACAGUUAUAUUUUUGUUUCAUCAGACCAGAGAACAUUUCUCCAAAAAGUACGAUCUUUGUCCCCAUGUGCAGUUGCAAACCGUAGUCUGGCUUUUUUAUGGUGGUUUUGGAGCAGUGACUUCUUCCUUGCUGAGCGGCCUUUCAGGUUAUGUCGAUAUAGGACUCGCUUUACUAUCGAUAUAGAUACUUUUGUACCUGUUUUCUCCGGCAUCUUCACAAGGUCCUUUGCUGAUGUUCUGGGAUUGAUUUGCACUUUUCUCACCAAAGUACGUUCAUCUCUAGGAGACAGAACACGUCUCCUUCCUGAGCGGUCUGACGGCUGCGUGGUCCAUGGUGUUUAUACUUGCAUACUAUUUGUAAAGAUGAACGUGGUACCUUCAGGCGUUUGGAAAUUGCUCCCAAGCAUGAACCAGACUUGUGGAGGUCUACACAUUUUUUUCUGAGGUCUUGGUUGAUUUAUUUUGAUUUUCGCAUGAUGUCAAGCAAAGAGGCACUGAGUUUGAAGGUAGGCCUUGAAAUACAUCCACAGGUACACUUCUGACCCACUGGAAUUGUGAUACAGUGAAUUAUAAGUGAAAGAAUCUGUCUUUAAACAAUUGUUGGAAAAAUUACUUGUGUCAUGCACAAAGUAGAUGUCCUAACCGACUUGCCAAAACUAUAGUUGGUUAACAUGAAAUUUAUGGAGUGGUUGAAAAACUAGUUUUAAUGACUCCAACCUAAGUGUAUGUAAACUUCCGACUUCAACUGUAUAUGAUAUUUUAUACUUGUUAUACAUGCUUAUAACAAGUCAUAAUGCCUUAUAGCCAAAAUGUGGACAUGUAUACAUGCCAACAGGUGGCAGGUAGCCUAGCAUUUAAAAGCGUUGAGCCAGUAACCGAAAGUUCGCUGGUUCAAAUCCCUGAGGCGACUAGGUGAAAAAUCUGUCUGUGCCCUUGAGCAAAGCAUUUAACCUUAAUUGCUCCUGUAUGUCGCUAUGGAUAAGAGCAUCUAAAAUAUAACUAAAAUGUUUUUAAAAAAUAACAAAUUAAAAGGACAUUAUAAAGUGUCACCAAAAUAUGUCUGUUUUAACCCUUUCCAGAGCUUGAAGAGUCCAGGCAGAAGUGUCCACCAUGCUGGUAUAAGUUUGCCAACACCUAUCUGAUCUGGGACUGCUGUCCUAUGUGGUUGAGUUUCAAGGGUAUCGUCAACACGGUGGUGAUGGACCCCUUCGUGGACCUGGCCAUCACCGUCUGUAUCGUCCUCAACACUCUCUUCAUGGCAAUGGAACAUUAUCCCAUGACCAAGGAGUUCAAUGAUGUCCUCUCUGUCGGGAACUUGGUAAGUGUUCGAUAUUAUUAAGGUAAACUUGCAAGGCUUUUCUGUUAAAGAGAGACUGUUACUGGGGUGGAUUUCUCCCCUAACCGGCCAUUUCUAAUUGGACAUUUUUUUCUUCACACAAUACAUCUAUUUAUAUAUUUUUUACUCCCAAACCCUCCACUCAGCAGUCUGCUAGCAGAUUUAAAAUGUAUGGUGAAAAAGAGACACAGAUAAAUAAAUACCUUACAUAGUACAUCUAUUGAACAAUACUUCACAAUACAUACAUCAGAAAUAGUUACAAAUGAUAGAGAUCCAUUCAUGGAUGUACAGGUCUGUUGGAUAAGAGUUCCGAAAUAUCCGUUGCUGCUUUUUUCAUUGCAAAAGUAUUUUUAAGGACAAUCUCUUGCACCUGAUAUAGCUUUUUCCUCAAAGUCACAUGUGCUACCUUCCAAAUCCCCAUCCUGUUAUUUUUCACAGUUUCAGCCACCAAGUUGGCCACAUACUAUUUAAACUGUUUAUAUCCACUAUCCAUAGGGCCAAAUAUGUAUGCCUAGCCAAGCUUAACCCACACACUACCCACACAACCAUUAACACUCAUUCUAUGGAAAUAUUUCUAACCGUGCUCAAAUCUAACUAAUGUCUCUGUCUCUGGCUCUAUGUAGGUGUUCACAGGCAUCUUCACGGCUGAGAUGUGUUUCAAGCUAAUCGCUCUGGACCCCUACUAUUACUUUCAACAGGGAUGGAACAUAUUUGACGGCAUCAUCGUCAGUCUGAGUCUGAUGGAGCUCGGCCUGGCCAAUGUAGAGGGGCUGUCUGUGCUUCGGUCUUUCCGAUUGGUAAGAUCCCACUUCUGACACCAGUUUCUCCCUAGUCGACCCUGUCAGAGCAGAUUGUGUACCUUCUAGUCGCCACGUUUCUACAGGAAACAUAACUCUACUACCUCCCUUAGCUGAAUAACAGUUGCCCUUUCUUUUACAUACUCCUUGACACAGUGGUAAUAUUCAUCUUCAUCCUUUGUUGAUUGAUGCUAGCUAGAUGUUAAUACCAUAGUCACAACCAGGUACAACAAAAUAAACUCCUCAUUUGAUUCUUCUUGUCAACAGUUGAGGGUGUUCAAACUGGCCAAGUCUUGGCCCACCCUGAACAUGCUGAUCAAGAUCAUCGGUAACUCGGUGGGAGCUCUGGGUAAUUUGACACUGGUCCUAGCCAUCAUCGUGUUCAUCUUCGCCGUGGUGGGCAUGCAGCUGUUUGGCAAGAGCUACAAGGAGUGUGUGUGUAAGAUUGCAGACGACUGCCAGCUGCCGCGCUGGCACAUGCAUGACUUCUUCCACUCAUUCCUCAUCGUGUUCCGGGUGCUGUGUGGGGAGUGGAUCGAGACCAUGUGGGACUGCAUGGAGGUGGCUGGCCAGAGCAUGUGCCUCAUCGUCUUUAUGAUGGUCAUGGUUAUAGGGAACCUGGUGGUAGGUGGCUUUACUGUUGUCAUUAUAUAUCCCAAAAUCCCCAUAUCUAUGGAUGACUCACUGUACUCACUUUUAUAUUUUCUUUCAUUUGCGGUAAGAGAAAAAUGUUGAAUCUUUCGUGGUCAAUUUGUGUUUGACACUGGUGCAGCAAAUAUGUUUUAAGCAUUGCCAUAUUCACGUGAUAUGCAAUUUUCAAUUUGAACUGAAUCUCCAAAUUAACAACUGAACCCAGAUCAGAAUGGACUCCAACUUUUCCUUUCCUCCCUCCGUCUCUGCAGGUCCUGAAUCUGUUCCUGGCUCUGCUGCUCAGCUCCUUCAGCGCAGACAACCUGGCAGCCACGGACGACGACAGCGAGAUGAACAACCUGCAGAUCGCUGUGGGCCGCAUCCAGAGGGGCGUGGCCUGGGUCAAGGUGACCAUCCGUCAGGUCAUCCAGAGCCUGUUUCUCGGGGGCGGAGCCACCAAAGGGGUCAAGGGGGGGUCACUGGAGGAGGACAAGCCCCUGGAUGAGCUCCACAGCUCCAUCAACGGCAAUGGGGGCAACUGCAUCUCAAAUCACACAUCAGUCGAGAUCACUAAAGAUCCGAGUGGGGUCUAUCUGAAGGAGGGGAACGGGCGGCCCGGAGGUGGGUUGGGGGUGGGGCUAGGAGAUAGUACGGAGAAGUACCCAAAGGAGGAGUGCCACUACAUGUCGUUCAUCCACAACCCCAGUCUGACAGUGAGCGUGCCCAUCGCGGUUUGCGAGUCGGACUUUGAGACUGCGAUCACAGAAGACUUCAGCAGCGACUCGGCCUCCGAGGACAUGUCGAUGGGCAGCAAAGAGGUAAGAGAGGAGGUUUGACUAGAGACCCGUGUGCUGCUCUGUUCAGUAGCAAUGUGCACAGUCACAUCACAUCUUCUACUUGUGGUAUCUUUGAGUGGUGUCUGUGUUAGUUUUGAGUGGUGUCUGUGUUUGUUUUGAGUGGUGUCUGUGUUCGUUUUGAGUGAUGUCUGUGCUAGUUUUGAUUGGUGUCUGUGUUCGUUUUGAGUGGUGUCUGUUCGUUUUGAGUGGUGUCUGUAAUAGUUUUCAGUGGUGUCUGUGUUAAUUUUGAGUGGUGUCUGUUCGUUUUGAGUGGUGUCUGUGUUUUGAGUGGUUGUGUUAGUUUUGAGUGGUGUCUGUGUUCGUUUUGAGUGGUGUCUGUGUUCGUUUUGAGUGGCGUCUGUAUUCGUUUGGGCUAAAUAUAGCCCAACUCUAUAGUAUUUGAAUGCUUUUGUUGUAUUUGACCCAGGUCUGCUGUGUUUGAUGUAGAUCUGUGUAAAGAGUCAGUGGUGUAGUGGAAAGGAAAUGCACGUAAUCGGCGUUCACACACCUUUUUAUCUUGCCAGGCAUUUACCAACCUAUCGCAGAAAAAUGCAUAGACAAUAUAAGCAGCGUUACUUUGUUCACCGCGAACGGUGAUCAGUGUUUACACACCUAUUCUUUUUUACCACACCAUCACUGGAUAGAAUCUGAGAACUCCAGACUUUCCAGAGGCAGUUACCAGCUAGAUAUUUUGCUGACUCAUUCAGCCAUUGCAUGAUGUCUUUCUAGCCUAGUCCACUAUCCAGGGAAUUGUAGUGUGCUGUUGUAAAGCGCUAGGCGUCAAAACAAUAACGUAGCAUGAGAGGACAGUACAGUCGCAACAAAUAAUGAGUCAGAAUGGCCUAUGGCCCAAGAAGCAGGUCGUUUCUGUAUGUUCUCAUUAGAUAACUAUAACAGGCUGAUGUGUGUGUGUGUGUGUGUGUGUGUGUGUGUGUGUGUGUGUGUGUGUGUGUGUGUUAUCUGGUUGACUGAGUAUACAGGUGGGCAAAUGGGUCUCCAUUAUUAUAUGCGCUUGUUGAAGAAAUAGUUUAAAGCAGCGUCCUCGCAAAGGGUGAAGCGAAAUGAAGUGUGUUUGUGUAUGUGUGGAUGCUCAUGGAUGUGUGUGGAUGAUCAUUUCUCACACAUUGAAUCCCUUUCAUUAGAAAUCACAACAUCUUUAUGACAUUUUUAAUGGACUUUCAAUUAAUGCCGGAAGACAGAGAAAGGACUUACAAUAUCCCACUCACUGGCCUAUACACACAUACAUUACAUUCUGGAGCAGAUGUUGUAAAUAAGAUGUCGAACAGUGUGUCUGCUUCAAAGACACAAUGUCAUGUUAGGCUAGGAGGGUAAGCUGGCCUUCUGGGCUCUGUUACCACACCCCCAAAUCUCCAGACCAGAGCCAAGUACAGGGAGGGGAGUGGAGCUGAGCCUACCUACUGUAGUGUUGCCAACCUGCCCCUAGCCAACUCUUUCAGUUAUUAGAGAAAGCUAGCCUGAUCUGUUUCUGGUCAUGACUCCCAUUGCUCCAAAUAUGGAUUAGACGUCACUGCUAAUCCCCGAUCCCCCUUAUAAAUAAUAGCUAAUUAGUCUAUUUAUUGGGAACGUGAUCAUCAACCGUGUGUGUGUGUGUGUGGGGGGGGGGGAUUUUGUGCUAUGAACAGUACAAGGUAAAUGUGGUCCUCACAAACUGUUUAAUCCUAUUCUAUAUCAUCCUAGAGCCUUGUCUUCUAAAGUUUAUCUGCAUGGAAGUGUUUCUCUGUGGAUAACCUGUGUCCCUAUGUGCCUUGCAGCUGAUAGAUGAAAACAGACAUAGAGGUUGUACUGUACAGUAUGAGCUGGCUCGUGGCUGUAUCACUUUACCUUGUUUAACCCACCGUUUGUUAUUGCAGCUGUGUUACAGACCCUCACAAGGUUGUCAGUGAGAGAGAGGAGACUUGUAAGACCAUUUUAUUGUACAUAGCACUAACCGUGAAGACUGCCUAUGCCAUUUUACAGAACCAACCAAUAUUUAUCUUGCAUUUUUUUCAAUGGAUUGCCUAUUUUUUCAUUCUCUGGCUGACUACCCCCCCCCAACUGCUUUCCUCGUCAUCAUCUGCUGUGAUCCCUGACUUUAUUUUAUUUUAUCCCCCCUUCAUCUCAUUUCUUUAUUUCUAAUUUCAUCGUCAGGCUUUUUUAUAGUUUCAACACCAUUAUGAAUGAGCUGCACCCACUUUUUUCCAUUGAUAGGCGAAGUCAUGUGACUUUUUAUUGCUUUUGAUUUCCUUGCUUGGUUUGUAUUGAUUUUGGAGGUGAUUGGCAUUGUACACCCCAAGAUUGAGAAAAAAGAACAGAGAAUUGAUGAAGAGAGAAAAGGAGGGGAGGAGGAGACAAAGAUGAAAUCAAUUAAUUUUGCCUGAAGUACUGUAGGUUAAAAUCACGAGGGUUACAUUUUCUCCCUGUACAGAUCUAGUGAAUGUUUUGGAGUCUGAAUAUUAGUCUCUUUGAACCCCUGGUAGAUUAGCAGUUGCAUACUGUCAGCCAUACCAUACUGAACUGAUGCAGCAAUUAUAGCAAACACCCAAGUGAAAUCAAGACACAAAUUACAUAUUGCCUUCCAAAAGCAUGGCAGGAGGGCACCCUCAAUUUAUAUAUAGUCUUCACCCUGAAUUGGAAGAGAGAGAGAGAGAAAAAGAGAGAGAGAGUCUCUCUCUCUCUGAGUCACUGUCUGCAGGUGGGGCGCGGCAGGCAGGCGGGAGAGAGAGAGAGAGAAGGAUGAGAAAAUGUGCGAGACAGAGAGAGAGAUAGCGCCACCCCUCCUUCUGGAACAUUGUGUAUCUCCGGGCGGGAGGGGCGUGGAGUGGGCAGGGUAGCAUGCUUCCCUCAUCACAAGUCCGUAUUAGCUGGGUCCCACAGCAAUCAGACCUGCUGCACUGUCUAGUACUGAUGGCGUGUUACUCCUCUGUCUGCCAGCCAGACGUCCCAAACUCCCUAAAGAUUGCACCAUGUUUUACCAAUGAAAACUGGGAUUCCACCUACGGAGCUAAGCUAAGCUAGGCUAGACCUUCUCACCAUACAGUACACAGAACACUGUAUUGCAUAUACAGUUGAAGUCGGAAGUUUACAUACACUUAGGUUGGAGUCAUUAAAACUCGUUUUUCAACCACUCCACACAUUUCUUGUUAACAAACUAUAGUUUUGGUAAGUCGGUUAGGACAUCUACUUUGUGCAUGACACAAGUCAUUUUUCCAACAAUUGUUUACAGACAGAUUAUUUUACUUAUAAUUCACUGUAUCACAAUUCCAGUGGGUCAGAAGUGUACCUGUGGAUGUAUUUCAAGGCCUACCUUCAAACUCAGUGCCUCUUUGCAUGACAUCUUGGGAAAAUCAAAAGAAAUCAGCCAAGACCUCAGAAAAAGAAUUGUAGAUCUCCACAAGUCUGGUUCAUCCUUGGGAGCAAUUUCCAAAUGCCUGAAGGUACCACGUUCAUCUGUACAAACAAUAGUACGCAAGUAUAAACACCAUGGGACCACACAGCCGUCAUACCGCUCAGGAAGGAGACGCGUUCUGUCUCCUAGAGAUUAACAUACUUUGGUGCGAAAAGUGCAAAUCAAUCCCAGAAGAACAGCAAAGGACCUUGUGAAGAUGCUGGAGGAAACAGGUACAAAAGUAUCUAUAUCCACAGUAAAACGAGUCCUAUGUCGACAUAACCUGAAAGGCCGCUCAGCAAGGAAGAAGCCACUGCUCCAAAACCGCAUAAAAAAGCCAGACUACGGUUUGCAACUGCACAUGGGGACAAAUAUUGUACUUUUUGGAGAAAUGUCCUCUGGUCUGAUGAAACAAAAAUAGAACUGUUUGGCCAAAAUGACCAUUGUUAUGUUUGGAGGAAAAAGGGGGUUGCUUGCAAGCCGAAGAACACCAUCCCAACCGUGAAGCACGGGGGUGGCAGCAUCAUGCUGUGGGGGUGCUUUGCUGCAGGAGGGACUGGUGCACUUCACAAAAUAGAUGUCAUCAUGAGGAAGGAAAUGUAUGUGGAUAUAUUGAAGCAACAUCUCAAGACAUCAGUCAGGAAGUUAAAGCUUGGUCGCAAAUGGGUCUUCCAAAUGGACAAUGACCCCAAGCAUACUUCCAAAGUUGUGGCAAAAUGGCUUAAGGACAACAAAGUCAAGGUAUUGGAGUGGCCAUCACAAAGCCCUGACCUCAAUCCUAUAGAGAACAUUUGUGGGCAGAACUGAAAAAGCGUGUGCGAGCAAGGAGGCCUACAAACCUUACUCAAUUACACAAGGUCUGUCAGGAGGAAUGGGCCAAAAUUCACCCAACUUAUUGUGGGAAAAUUGUGGAAGGCUACCAGAAACGUUUGACCCAAGUUAAACAAUUUAAAUGCAAUGCUACCAAAUACUAAUUGAGUGUAUGUAAACUUCUGACCCACUGGGAAUGUGAUGAAAGAAAUAAAAGCUGAAAUAAAUCAUUCUGUCUACUAUUAUUCUGACAUUUCACAUUCUUAAAAUAAAGUGGUGAUCCUAACUGACCUAAGACAGGGAAUUUUUACUAGGAUUAAAUGUCAGGAAUUGUGAAAAACUGAGUUUAAAUGUAGUUGGCUAAGGUGUAUGUAAACUUCCGACUUCAACUGUAUAUAUUUCAAAAAAAUCUCUAGAACUGUACUAUGGAUUACUUGCAUGGAUUGCAGGGCUCUAAUGUCAAAGUGUGCAUUAUCAUCCAAUGCUUAUCCUGCCAAUAGUAAAGAAUAAGGACAGUACUAAUAUUUGAUUUGAUUUAUUCAGCCCUCCGACAUUAUUUCCUCUUAGAGGGACAUUUCCUCUUUGUCUCCAGUGGUAGGAAAGUCACGUUAGAACACCCCAUUUAGCUGUAUCUCCCAUGUAUGUUUUCUGGGUAGCAUGGUCAUACUACAUCUAUUGUUAUAUUAGUAUGAAUUUCAUUAUUAUUAUUAUUAUUCGAUAGCUCCAGACCUCAUGCUGUCUUGUAAACAGUGCACAGUACUGGUUUUUGCUGGUUAGCUAAUGUGGUAAUACCCAUUUAUUUACCGAAACAGAGACCGAAGCUUGUGAACACUGCUUUUUUUAAGGAUUGGAAAAAAUGUUUUUUCAUGUCAAUGUGGAAAAUGUUCAGUAUUUCGGGGGAAGGAGGGAAGAGGGGGGAAUUUAUUCGUUAUUGUCUUUUGAUCGAUGAGGCUAUCAGCCAAUCAAAUGAUAAAUCCUGGGUAAUUUUUCAGUGGACAUGAAAAUGCGUCAGCCCACGUUCUCUUGCUUGUUUUCCGAUUUCAGGAUUGGAAAUGCACUGGAAUACUGCAUGCCCCCUUCGACUGUCUGAGCCGGAAUCAAACAUACCCACAGUGCAUUGUAACACCAACCUCUCCCUGUAGCAUGUAUUGUUGCUACCUGGAGCUGUAUAAUACAGUGUGAUUGGAUCUCCCCUGAUCAAAUUGAUCUCCAAGCCUGUCGGUACCUUUGAUCGACGCUGCAUGUAAAGGUGAUGAUGAUAGUGAUGAUUAUAAUGAUGAAACGAGUACAACUCUGAGUUUAUAUUCAAGCCAAAGUCAUGUCUCCAGUCCAGACCAAAGUAUCUGGUGAGACUACUGUACUGUUACAGUCCAUGACAAUGGAGAAUGAACCAUUACAAGAAUCUCAAGAAUCAUGAAAGUGGCUCAGAAGGUUGUCUCCUGUAUGGAGGGAGGUGGUGAGAAGAGCUGGGGCUGUGUUACUGUAGGCAUUGGCUGGUUAAACGUACUGGUUCUCCCCCCCCCCCCCCCCCCCCCCCCCUCCCUUACAGAAGCUACCUAUAGAGCCCCAGCACCUUACCUCUUCGGAGGGCAGCUCGGUGGAUAUCGGGCCCCCGGGGGAUGGAGCCGAGUCAGUGGAGCUGGAGGACGAGGAGUCAGAGGACCCAGAGAACUGCUUCACUGAUGGUGAGGGAGGGAGAGGAAGAGAGGGGGGAGAAGGAGGGAAGGAGGAGGGAAGGGGGAGAGGAGGGAGGAGGAAGGGAAGGGGAGAGAGGAAGGGAGGAGGGAGGAGAGAGGGUGGGGCUGAGAGAGGAGGAGGAGGGAGGGGGAGAGGGGUGGGAGAGAGAGGAAGGGAGGGAGGGGGAGGAGGAGCUGGGAGAGAGGAGGGAGAGAGAGGGGAGUGGAGAGAGAGGAAGGGGGAGAGGAGAGAGGGGGGGGGGGAGGAGGAGGGAGGGAGGGAGGGGGCUGGGAGAGAGGAAGGGAGGGAGGGGAGAGGGCUGGGAGAGAGAGGAAGGGAGGAGGGGAGAGGAGCUGGGAGAGAGAAGGAGGGGGAGGGGAGAGAGGGGGAGGAGAGAGAAGGGAGGGAGGGGGGAAGGAGGAGAGGAGGAAGGAGGAGGGAAGGGGGGAGGGGGAGAGGGGCUGGGAGAGAGGAAGGGAGGGAGAGGGAGGAAAGGAGUGGGAGAAGGAGAGUAAGGCCCAGAGAGACUGACAAAGACAAAAGUGUUAUCUUUGACAUACUUUGUCCUUUCACAUUAGAAGUGGUCUAGAGGGAAUUCCGAGCUCUGAUAGGGGGAAAAACUGUUUGAAAAAUGUGAGGACAAGUUUCUUUCAGUCAAUGUUAUUUCAAAUGACAAGGCAUUAUUUUCUACUCUCUCUCUCUCUCUCUCUCUCUCUCUCUCUCUCUCUCUCUCUCUCUCUCUGUCUCUCCCUCUCUGUCUCUGUCUCUGUCUCUGUCUCUGUCUCUGUCUCUGUCUCUGUCUCUGUCUCUGUCUCUGUCUCUCUCUGUCUCUCCCAGGCUGUGUGCUCAGGUUCCAGUGUUGCCAGGUGAACGUAGAGGAGGGCAAGUGGAAGAUGUGGUGGACCUUGAGGAAGACGUGUUUCAUCAUUGUGGAACACAACUGGUUCGAGACCUUAAUCAUUUUCAUGAUCCUGCUCAGCAGUGGAGCUCUGGUGAGUGGCUGCUGCUCACCUGGUCUGUGUAAUGUUGUACCGCCCCUUUAAGAACGUAAAUGUCAAAUAAUUACAUUCUGCUUACUUUGAUGUAGAGUGAAGAUGAGCUUUAUGGCUUCUUGGUUAGCCUGACACUUCUGCUUUGAAGUGAAAACUGAAACGUUUAUUGGUCAGCGUGUACUCAUCAGUAGAGUCGAGUCUGGACAGGGAAAACUCUGAUCCAUAUGCAUAACUAGGGCCCAGAGUAUUUCCUGGUCAGGUCUUGUGGUCAGAAUAAACUCAGAGCCCUACGUUUCACCAAAUAACCACCAACCUAUGUGACUCAAAACACUUGACAAACAUGUAUGAAAAUGUAUGCACUCACUAAACUGUAAGUCGCUCUGGAUAAGAGCGUCUGCUAAAAUGACUAAAAUGUAAAAAAUGCUUGACUCCUUGUUUGUGUCUCCAUGUAGGCGUUUGAAGACAUUUACAUAGAGCAGAGGAAGACCAUUAAGAUUGUGCUGGAGUACGCAGACAAAGUCUUCACCUAUAUCUUCAUCCUGGAGAUGCUGCUGAAAUGGGUGGCCUACGGAUUCAAGAAGUACUUCACCAACGCCUGGUGCUGGCUGGACUUCCUCAUUGUUGAUGUAUGCAUUUGCUGGAGUUGUAUGUGAACUCCGUACACACGCGAUGACCUUGAACACGCUUUGUCAGCAGAUGAAAUCAAAAAGUAUUAGAUAGCAAUUUAAAGUGACAUUUUUUACAGAUUGUGUUUUGGUUUGUGUAAACACAAGAUUCUCCUUGUGCGAAUGUUUCUCCUGACAUUGUUAUUCCUCUCCUCUUGUCUCUUCUAUGUUUUCUCUCUCUCUGUCUACUUGUCCUUCUCUCUCUAUUCUCUCUCUCCUAUUCUCUCUCUCUCUCUCUCUCUCUGUCUCGGUCUCUCUCUCUUCCUCUCUCUCUAUUCUCUGGUCUCUCUCUCUCUCUCUCUCUCUAUCUCUCCUCUGGUCUCUCUCUCUCGCUCUCUCUCUCUGUCUCUCGAUCUCUGUUUUCUUCUCUCCUUCUCCUCUCUCUCUCUCUCCUUCUCUUCAUCUCACUCUCUCUCUCUCUCUCUCUCUCUCUCUCUCUCUCUCUCUCAGGUAUCUCUGGUGAGCUUGGUAGCCAAUGCGUUAGGCUACUCUGAGCUGAGUGCCAUCAAGUCCCUACGAACACUGCGGGCCUUAAGACCCCUGAGGGCCUUGUCACGGUUCGAGGGCAUGAGGGUAAGGGUUACUGGAGAACAUGUUUCAUGCUGAACUGCAAUCAGAAAGAGCCUCUCAAGCAGCUUUUAUUAUAUUUUUUAGAUAGAAAGUCCACUGCAAUUGAGUCUCUUGAAAAUAACUAAAUGUCAUAACUAAGUGCCUUGUUACAUUUUACAUCUUGUAGCAUUCUUAGCCGCAGUCCUUUUUAAAUGGCGUAGGCUUCUAGAAGGAAGAAAAUAGGAACCAGUGAUGUAUUUUAUAUGGAUGCAUGCCUGUGUAUAGAGCUAGAUUUCUAGAUAUGUCUCUCCUUGUGUGUAUCUGCAUGACUUUCUCCACAUUCUGUCGAUAGAUUCUAUAUCGAUGUUCUCUGACAUUGCUCUGCCUCGAUGUUGCUUGUGUGGGGCCUUUUGAUGUAUAAUUAUUUUCUUUGUGUGUCUUUUCAUUUACAGUAAACAAUGUUGUGACUUCAUCCUGACUCUUCUAAGGUUUUUUCUGUUUUGCUUUUUACCUUUUGAGUGGUUAAAUGUGCUCUAUCGCAACUCCUUUGAAAGAGCGUUUCUACCCUUUCACUUUCCUCAAAUAGUUAACUGUCAAACUCUUGUUAAACCUCUGUGGUAGUGCCAGUAACAUGCUUUGUACUGAAAAUAACACAGUGAAAAUACUGUACACAUAUUCUCAUGUGUUCCUAAACCUAACACAAUAUCCCUAUAUUACCAGCGCCAUUAACCCUCCCUAUACAUAUAUUAUUACAUGUAUUAUUAUCUAUGGUAACCAGGUUUCUUGGAUGAGACUAGAAAUACAUGUUUUCUUGAGCAACAAGAGUGUACAUUUCAGCUUCAACUUUAUCUCACUCAACACUCUCACAUCUCAAGAAAAUGACUUUCUAGUCCUAUUGAUCGAGCGCUCUAACCGUGUCAUCUUUGAUUGACACAGGUGGUGGUGAAUGCCCUCCUGGGUGCCAUUCCGUCCAUCAUGAACGUGCUGCUGGUGUGCCUCAUCUUCUGGCUCAUCUUCAGCAUCAUGGGCGUCAAUCUGUUCGCAGGGAAGUACUAUUACUGCGUCAACACCACCAACGACGAGACCUUUCCCAUCGAGGUCGUCAACAACAAGAGCGACUGUCUGGCCCUGGCCAAUGACAGCGCCCGAUGGAAGAAUGUCAAGAUCAACUUUGAUAAUGUUGGGGCCGGGUACUUGGCCUUGUUGCAAGUGGUGAGUGGGAUAGGCAUGAGGGCAGGGUCGGUUGUCUGUUGGCGUUUUACAUUGUUCAGGAAGAUUAUGCUUGAAAUCUGGUUUAAAAGUGUUAUAUAGUUAUAUAAAACAUUAAUAUAAUGUUAAUUAUAAUGUUAAUUUACACUGAGUGAACAAAACAUUAGGAAAACCUGCUCUUUUCAUGACAUAGACUGACCAGGUGAAUCCAGGUGAAAGCUAUGAUCCCCUACACUACAAUCAGAAGGGGAGGAGACAGGUUUGAUUGAGACAUGGAUUGUGUAUGUGUGCCAUUCAGAGGGUGAAUGGGCAAGACAAAUUAUGGUGGAAAAUAAGUAUUUGGUCAAUAACAAAAGUUUCUCAAUACUUUGUUAUAUACCCUUUGUUGGCAAUGACACAGGUCAAACGUUUUCUGUAAGUCUUCACAAGGUUUUCACACUCUGUUGCUGGUAUUUUGGCCCAUUCCUCCAUGCAGAUCUCCUCUAGAGCAGUGAUGUUUUGGGGCUGUCGCUGGGCAACACAGACUUUCAACUCCCUCCAAAGAUUUUCUAUGGGGUUGAGAUCUGGAGACUGGCUAGGCCACUCCAGGACCUUGAAAUGCUUCUUACGAAGCCACUCCUUCGUUGCCCGGGAGGUGUGUUUGGGAUCAUUGUCAUGCUAAAAGACCCAGCCACGUUUCAUCUUCAAUGCCCUUGCUGAUGGAAGGAGGUUUUCACUCAAAAUCUCACGAUACAUGGCCCCAUUCAUUCUUUCCUUUACACGGAUCAGUCGUCCUGGUCCCUUUGCAGAAAAACAGCCCCAAAGCAUGAAGUUUCCACCCCCAUGCUUCACAGUAGGUAUGGUGUUCUUUGGAUGCAACUCAGCAUUCUUUGUCCUCCAAACACGAUGAGUUGAGUUUUUACCGAAAAGUUCUAUUUUGGUUUCAUCUGACCAUAUGACAUUCUCCCAAACUUCAGACGGGCCUGGACAUGUACUGGCUUAAGCAGGGGGACACGUCUGGCAAUGCAGGAUUUGAGUCCCUGGCGGAGUAGUGUGUUACUGAUGGUAGGCUUUGUUACUUUGGUCCCAGCUCUCUGCAGGUCAUUCACUAGGUCCCCCCGUGUGGUUCUGGGAUUUUUGCUCACCGUUCUUGUGAUCAUUUUGACCCCACAGGGUGAGAUCUUGCAUGGAGCCCCAGAUCGAGGGAGAUUAUCAGUGGUCUUGUAUGUCUUCCAUUUCCUAAUAAUUGCUCCCACAGUUGAUUUCUUCAAACCAAGCUGCUUACCUAUUGCAGAUUCAGUCUUCCCAGCCUGGUGCAGGUCUACAAUUUUGUAGAUUUAAGUGCCUUUGAAUGGGGUGUGGUAGUAGAUGCCAGGCGCACCGGUUUGAGUGUGUCAAGAACUGCAACGCUGCUGGGUUUUUCACCCUCAACAGUUUCCCGUGUGUAUCAAGAAUUGUCUACCUCCCGAAGGACAUCCAGCCAACUUGACACAACUGUGGGAAGCAUUGGAGUCAACAUGGGCCAGCAUCCCUGUGGAACGCUUUUGACACCUUGUAGAGUCCACGCCCUGACAAAUUGAGGCUGUUCUGAGGGCAAAAGGGGGUACAACUCAAUAUUUGGAGGGUGUCCUAAUGUUUUGUACACUCAGUGUAUAUUCAGUAUGCGUGGCGGUGUUGUUUUUUACCUUUUAUGCCACAUUUAUGCUUUCAAAUCAGUGUAGAGCAUUUUUUUGUUCGAGACAUAGCUUAGCACCUUUCACAGAGUAUUGUGACUGUUCAUUUAAUAUUUUCUACCUGCUACCAAAAUAGCUCUGCUUAACCAAAAGUAGUGGAGCGGAGCCUGACUGCAAGGCUGCAGCAAGGGAACAGGGAAGUCAGAUGUAAGUAAUCACUUGAGAGUGACCCCUCAGAGAGUAACUCAUUCUGUUCUCUGUUCUCUGCUUCUAGGCAACGUUUAAAGGUUGGAUGGACAUCAUGUACGCAGCUGUGGACUCUCGUAAUGUAAGUGUUUCUUUGGGGCUCUGGUCAUGGAGAAUGGUUGACAGUUUAAAGUCAGGUUGACUCUUGUAUCUAAGGUUUUGAGUUUACAUUUUUUAUUGGAAUAUUGGUGUUUUUAUGGCUUUCGUCAUUUUUUAAAAUAUAUAUUCCCUUAGGAAUGUCCCGUAAAUAAGGGUUUGACUUGAAUAUGGUUGAAUAUGUGCAAUGAUUAGACAUUUUGAUGUAUACCUUUCUUUUUUGUGUUUCAGGUGGAAUAUCAGCCCCAAUAUGAAGAGAACCUCUACAUGUAUCUCUACUUCGUCAUCUUCAUCAUAUUUGGGUCCUUCUUCACUCUUAACCUCUUCAUUGGUGUCAUCAUUGACAACUUCAACCAACAGAAGAAAAAGAUACGUAUUCAGUAGUGACCAGGUGUUCGUAUACACUGCGAUAUUGAUAGCUCAGUGUUUAUCAAACCUGCUGCUAGCUGAGAGAUUAUUCUGAAUACAGCAGGCAUAUGAGUCACCCCCGCCACACACACACACACACACACACACACACACACACACACACACACACACACACACACACACACACACACACACACACACACACACACACACACAUUCACCUUCCAGUUGUAAAUAGUGCUAACACAGUGAAUGCAGUCUCCAUGAUACAGAUACAGAGACCGAGGAGACAAGAGAAAGAUAAAAAGAUAAAGAAAGAUCUAGGAGAAAGAGAAGAGCAUAAAAAAGUGAGAGAUAUAGAGAGGGAUGAGAAAGAGAGUGAGAGAUCUGAAAAGCGUGCCUUGUCCUGAGCUAACAGUGACUGAAAGAAACUUGAGAGAGAGACAGAGAGACAGACAGAGAGACAGAGACAGACAGAGAGACAGAGAGACAGAGAGACAGACAGACAGACAGACAGACAGACAGACAGACAGACAGACAGAUGCUCUGGGUGUACGUGUGUUAGGUUUUUACCAGGUUUUGUGUUGUUCCCUUUACUUUGGAGGUCAGGACAUCUUCAUGACAGAGGAACAGAAGAAGUACUACAAUGCCAUGAAGAAGCUCGGCUCCAAGAAACCCCAGAAGCCUAUUCCCAGGCCAAAGGUUUGACGCUGAUAUUGACACCUAUUGAUAUUACAAUAAGCAUUCAACCAAGCAGUAGCUCAAUAUUUAAGAAUGUGUGUACUGUAAAAAUUCUAAUUGUCACAGUAUAUUUCAUGAUUUCUAUCGCUCUCUACCUCUCUCUCUCUGUUUUUCUCUCUCCCGUCAUCUAUCUUUCCAUUCUAGAAUGCAUUCCAAGGCUGUGUGUUUGACUUCGUAACGAAGCAGGCUUUUGACAUUGUCAUCAUGAUCCUCAUCUGCCUCAACAUGGUCACUAUGAUGGUGGAAGAGGACGAACAGACACCAGAGAGGGAAAAGAUCCUCCACUGGAUCAACUUUGUCUUUAUAGUGCUCUUCACUGGGGAGUGUACGCUCAAAAUGAUAUCCCUCCGCCAUUACUACUUCACCAUUGGCUGGAAUGUGUUUGACUUUGUCGUUGUCAUCCUUUCAAUCGUAGGUAAGAACCCUGACUCUUCAUAGUCGUUUGAAUCUAAAUGUAGCAUUCAGAAUGAAAUGUUUGGAGUUGUAACUGAGAAAAUGUAUGUGUUGAAUUGGUUUUUGUCUCUGUCCUUACAGGUAUGUUUUUAUCAGAAUUGAUUGAGAAGUACUUUGUUUCCCCAACGUUAUUCCGAGUCAUCCGACUUGCCCGAAUUGGCCGCAUCCUCCGUCUCAUCAAGGGCGCCAAGGGCAUCCGGACACUUCUGUUCGCCUUGAUGAUGUCACUUCCUGCCCUGUUUAACAUUGGCCUCCUGCUCUUCCUGGUCAUGUUCAUCUACGCCAUCUUCGGCAUGUCCAACUUUGCCUACGUCAAGCACGAGGCGGGAAUCGACGACAUGUUCAACUUCGAGACGUUCGGCAACAGCAUGCUCUGCCUGUUCCAGAUCACCACGUCGGCGGGCUGGGACGGCCUCCUGGCGCCCAUCCUCAACAAGAAGGAGCCCGACUGUGACAGCCAGAUGGAGCACCCGGGCACCUUGUACCGGGGCAACUGCGGCAACCCGCCAGUGGCCAUGUUCUUCUUCGUCAGCUACAUCAUCAUCUGUUUCCUCAUCGUGGUCAACAUGUACAUCGCCGUCAUCCUGGAGAACUUCAGCGUGGCCACCGAGGAGUCGGCCGAGCCGCUGAGCGAGGACGACUUUGAGAUGUUCUACGAGGUGUGGGAGCGCUUUGACCCGGACGCCACGCAGUUCAUUGAGUACGACAAGCUGUCGGACUUUGCAGACGCGUUGGACCCGCCGCUGCGAAUGGCCAAGCCCAACCACAUCCAGCUGAUCAAAAUGGAUCUGCCCAUGGUCAGCGGGGAGCGCAUCCACUGCCUUGACAUCCUGUUUGCCUUCACCAAGCGUGUCCUGGGAGAGGGUGAAGGCUUGGACCUACUCCGGGGCCAGAUGGAGGACCGCUUCAUGGCCUCCAACCCCUCCAAAGUCUCCUACGAACCCAUCACCAGUACCCUGCGGCGCAAGCAGGAGGACAUGUCUGCCAUGGUGAUCCAGAGGUCCUUCAGGCGCUACCUGGCCCGACAUGCCCUGAAGAAAGCAGCAGAGCUCUACAAGGAGCAACCUAGAGGCGGUGUGGUGUGCGAGCUGGAGGAGAAGGAGGUGCUGGUGAUAGGGCAGUUCGCGGACAACUCCACCUCCACAGAGAAAACGAAUAUGACGCCCUCCACCGCCUCACUGCCUUCGUACAACAGUGCCACAAAGACGGAAAAGGACAAAUAUGAGAAAUAA